AUAUCCCUCCCAUUCCCCCUACCCUCCAGUAGUUAUUUGCCUUGUCUCAUGAGGUAGAGAGAGAGGUGCUCUGUAAUAAGAAAAUAAGUUUAUCAUGGUUUGGCUCAGGAGAGCUGGGGAAUAUAUAUCUAUAUUUAACUCUGAGAAGUAUUGAUGUAUAUAAUACUGGUUGACGCUGUGUUUCUCAUGCAUCUUUCCAGUCUACUUAUCCCCUUUCUGUUAAGCAGUGUAUUUCACACUUCAUUACUGACUCAUUAUGUGUGCGUUGUCCCUGGGUCCCCCGGUUGUAUAGAUAGCUGUCAACUCAUUGAGGUAUCCUUCAGUUGCAUUUGAGACAGACUUUGUUCCCUUUAACUCUCCAGCGGGUGAGUCAGAGGACUCUGUGGUGAGGAUGCCUAGGUUUUAUGUAAAGCACUUCCAGACUCUUUUGGACAGGGUUCUGUCUACUCUGGAGAUCCAGGCAACUUUGUUGUUUGGGGAAGGAUAUUUUUCAAGUACGGGUUCGGGGCCUGGUUCUAGGCCAAGGAACACAGAUGUUUUCCCUGUUUUAUCUAUAAUUGCUGAAAUAUUUUCUAGAGAAAAUCAAGAGAUUUGGUGUCCAUUUGUUUCUUCAGAAGCUUUUAACAGUUUGUUUCCUGUUUCAGUGAAACACGUGAAACAGUGUUCCUUCCAUUUAUAGCUCAAUAUGCCCUACAGCUAAACUUGUGGGAGUUUGCGGUUUCUUUGUCCUCUUCUCUGGAGGACUUAGAGGAAUAUCUCGGGUCGCUGUCCCUUCAGGCUGGUGCUUUGUUUAAGCCAGCAGUGGGCAUUUAUGCAGUCUUGGAAGCUGCUAAAUUCUGGUCUGAUUCGACAGCGAGAGGAUUAGUGUGAUGUCCCUGGAGGAGAUUGUUAAGAUUACUGCAGCUUUAAGCUCAGCUCACCACACCCCCUGGGUGUGUCUGGGUCUCUGUGACAUCAUCAGAAGCCAUGUUAGUUUUACUGAUGGAACCUGCUAGAGAAUAAGCCGUGUGGCUGUAGCUGAAUAAAAGUUAUCUAAAGUUCCUGCUGCAGAGUCUUCAUGAUAUGUGCAAGACACAAGGUAACAGCACACAACUGAAUGUUCUAAUCCUGACUACACACAGAACAUAACAGCUGGCGACGAGGAUCUGUGGUCUGACCCUAUAAUGGCACUUAUUGGCACCUUACCUGUGUUUGCAGCAGACACAGACAGAUGGGACACAUGGGUUGAACAGUUUGAGCUAUAUUGUACAGCAAAUAACAUAGGAGCUGAUAAGCAAGUGGCUGUGUUUCUGACAACUAUAGGCUCAGCAGCUUACACUACAUUAAGGGACAUUCUCUCACCAGAUAAACCUAAUGCUAAACCUCUGUCUGACCUGAUCUGCCUGUUAUCUGACCACUACCUACCUAAGCCUCUAGAGAUAUCAGAACGCUUUAAGUUUUACACACGCAAGCAAUUGCAGCAUGAGGACAUUAAAACUUAUGUGAUCAGUUUAAAGAAACUAGCAAGUAGCUGCAGAUUUGGUGAUUAUUUAAACACUGCUUUACGUGAUAUGUUUGUUAUUGGACUCAUGGACUGUACAGUACAAAAGAGACUAUUAGCAGAGGAUGAUUUAACACUAAAGCGUGCUAUAGAGAUAGCUACAGUCAUGGAACUUGCUGCUAAAGAUACACAAAUGCUCCAGGCCCCAGCACAGGCAGUUUGUGAUAAGGAAAAAGAUGUUUUUCAUACAAGUAUGCACCUUAAUAAACAGUAUCCAGCUAGACAAGGGUCACAGACAGCCUGUUACAGAUGUGGUGACACAAAUCACACAGCAAAUACCUGCAGGUUUAGGAACAGCACCUGCUAUGGGUGUGGGAAGAUUGGUCAUACAAAGAGAGUGUGCAGAAGUUCCUUAGACAGAGAUAAAAGUAAGAAAGGCAGCAAGUCACAAGCAGCUUUUCAUGUGCAAGUAGAUACACCACACACUGAUUCAGAGGAAGACAAACCAUUAUACACAUUACAGAUCUACAGCCUUGAGAAUAAAAUUCCAGAACUGCAAGCAAAGGUGAAUAUAGAUGGUAAACCUCUCAUUAUGGAAGUUGACACAGGAGCAGCAGUCUCUGUUAUCACAGCUGCUGAUUGGAACCGCCUGGGACUAAGGCAACCAAUUGUUCCAACAGCUGUCACCAUGCAAACAUAUUCAAAUGAAAUAAUAAAGCCUAUUGGGUGUGUAUCACCUACAGUGACAUUUAAUGGUAUAACUAAAAAUCUACGCCUCUACAUUUUACCUAAAGGAGGACCACCUUUGUUUGGUAGAUCCUGGAUCCAAGCAUUGGGCAUGCCAAAGUUACCACAACAGUUACCACUUAACAAACUGCUGGACCAAAGUGGGAAUUCAAAUUCUUCUUGGAUUAAUUCACUAAAGCACAAAUAUAAGACUGUAUUUGAUGGGAACCUAGGUUUAGUGAAAGACAAGCAGAUUCAGCUUCACCUAAAAGAAAAUGCUAUUCCAAAAUUUUGUAAACCAAGAGUUGUACCAUUUGCACUUAAACCUAAAAUUGAAGCAGAAUUAGAAAGACUACGAAAUCAGGGGAUUAUUGUUCCAGUGUCUAGCAGUGAAUGGGCUUCCCCAAUAGUUCCUGUCAGAAAAAAGAAUGGGGACAUUCGCAUCUGUGGAGAUUUCAGAGUGGGCCUUAACCCUCAAUUACUUGUGGACCAGUAUCCUUUACCACGGAUUGAAGAAUUGUUUAGUUCUCUGGCAGGGGGUGAAAAAUUUACAAAAAUUGACUUGCAUCAAGCAUACUUACAAUUAGAGGUGCAUCCAGACUCCAGACACCUGUUAACUAUCAACACUCACAAAGGACUUUUUCAGUAUACGCGGAUGGUGUUUGGCAUUGCCCCAGCACCUGCAGUGUGGCAACGGAUAAUGGAUGAGAUCUUGGCAGGUAUUCCACAUACCCACUGUAUGUUAGAUGACAUGCUUAUCACUGGUGAAAAUGAUGCUGCUCAUAAAGCCAAUGUUGAAGCUGUUUUACAACGCCUACAGGAAUUCGGACUGAAAGUUAACAUGGAAAAGUGUGAGUUCUUCUGCAAUAGUUUAGAAUAUUGUGCACAUGUAGUGGACAAGACUGGUCUACACACAACUGCUGAAAAAGUGAAAGCGCUGGUUCAUGCUCCCACCCCUGUUAAUGUAUCUCAGCUACGUUCUUAUUUGGGGUUGCUCAAUUACUAUCACAGAUUUUUACCAAAUUUGGCUCAUUUACUAUAUCCACUACACCGUCUUUUAGAUAGUAAAAACCAGUGGGCCUGGACUGACUUAUGUACACGAGCAUUUGAACGCUCUAAGCAGCUUCUUCUGGAAUCAAGACUCCUUGUCCACUAUGACCUUAAGAAGCCUUUGGUACUAGCCUGUGAUGCUUCACCAUAUGGUUUAGGCGCAGUACUUUCACACAUUAUGCCCGAUGGGUCUGAACGUCCUGUGUCUUUUGCGUCCAGAUCUUUAACUCCGUCGGAGAGAAAUUAUGCCCAGAUUGAUCGGGAAGCUUUAGCAAUAAUUUGGGCUGUGAAGAAAUUCCACAUUUAUAUAUAUGGCAGACCUUUUACUCUGAUCACGGAUCAUAAACCACUUUUGUCCAUUCUGCACCCUCAGAAGGGUAUCUCCAACACAACAGCUGCUCGACUUCAGCGCUAUGCACUUCAGCUGGCGGCUUACAACUACUCCAUUAAAUAUCGAUGCCACAGUGAUCAUACGAAUGUGGAUAUGUUUUCUAGAUUACCAAUGGUACAUCACAUGACAACAUCUUCUAAAAUCAUAGAAACCCCUCCACAGCCUGUAAAUCUAAAUUCCAAAGUGAUUGCUACUUAUACAUGCUCUGAUUCUACCUUACAGGAAAUCAAGUCUUUUGUUCAACAUGGGUGGCCUAAAGUGGUUCGCUCUGACCUUCAGCCAUAUUUUACAAGGAAGAAGGAAAUUGUGCAUGACUCAGGCUGUCUGUUAUGGGGGUCACGAGUGAUAAUUCCGAACUUACUGCAAACAUUAGCAUUAAAGUUACUACACAGCUCACAUCAGGGUGUAGUAAAAAUGAAGCAAAGAGCACGAGAAUAUUUUUGGUGGCCUAAAUUGGAUACAGAUAUUGCUUCUUAUGUAGCUGCUUGCAAUGCAUGUGCACAGACACAGCGGAAUCCCAGCAGGGACACCUCAAAAACUUGGCCAUGGCCAAAUGAACCUUGGACAAGAAUCCAUGUUGAUUUUGCGGGGCCAGUGGAUGGACGAAUGUAUUUGGUGGCUGUGGAUGCUCAUUCCAAGUGGCCAGAAGUAGUUCAAAUGUCAAGUACUACAACACAACAAACCAUUGUCGUUCUUUCCAGUAUGUUUGCAAGAUUUGGACUGCCACAAACUUUAGUCUCAGACAAUGGUCCACAGUUCAUAUCACAUGAAUUUGAAACCUUUCUAGAUACAAAUAACAUCAAACACUGUAAGACAGCUCCAUAUUUUCCAGCCUCUAAUGGACAGGCUGAAAGAUUUGUACAAACUUUAAAACGCCACUUAGCUGUCUCUCAGAAAUCAAAAUUUAAUCCAAACUCCCUUUCUAAUUUUUUGUUUAACUAUCGAAACACACCCCAUGCCACUACUGGGCUAUCACCUGCAAUGUUAAUGUUUGGAAGACGCCUGAGAACUCCACUGGAUAAAGUUAGACCAGAACAUCCCACACAAGAGUUGAACACUUCUAGCGUUUCAGAAUUUGUUCUUCAUGACAGAGUAUGGGUUAGAAACUACCGUGGCCCAAAUAAAUGGAUUCCAGCUGUCAUAAUACAAGGCAUGGGCAACAGAAUGUUUAAAGUUCAACUACAAGCUGGUGGUACAGUUUCCCGCCAUGUAGAACAAAUGAGACAUAGAUCUCAACCAGCUACACAAAUAUCAAAUGAUUCAGAUGGUGAGGAUAUCUGGCAUGGAGUGUGGUGCCCACCUGAGUCUUCUGAGGAUGAAAAUGCAAUGAACACAACUGAAACAGAUCAACCUCAGAAUGAUUCUGUCCAACAACAAAAUAUCACAGGUGAUCAACAACCAUUGGGUACUCCUCCACAGACAAUUUCUCCUGAACCAAAUACUCUACGGCCCUCUAGAAACAGAAGGCCACCUUCUAGAUGGCAAUGUGAGGAUUCAGUGAGAGAUUAUUCAGCAAGGAAUGACCUAAUCCGAAGGCGGACUUAUCGCAGAAAACAUAACUGUGACUAAAUUCUAGCCUGCGACCUAGGUCUUGUGCACAUAGACUAUAAAGAUAAACUGUUCUAAGUUCAAGUGUAUGGUUUAGUUACUUGUUGUAUGUUACAAUAUUAUCCACUGUCUGUUUUUUUUUUUUUUUUUUUUUUUAUUUAUUUUUUAUAUAUUUUUUUUUUUUUUUGGAGAAAAAAGGGGAUGUUAAGAUUACUGCAGCUUUAAGCUCAGCUCACCACACCCCCUGGGUGUGUCUGGGUCUCUGUGACAUCAUCAGAAGCCAUGUUAGUUUUACUGAUGGAACCUGCUAGAGAAUAAGCCGUGUGGCUGUAGCUGAAUAAAAGUUAUCUAAAGUUCCUGCUGCAGAGUCUUCAUGAUAUGUGCAAGACACAAGGUAACAGCACACAACUGAAUGUUCUAAUCCUGACUACACACAGAACAUAACAGAGAUCAAGGACCAGAUCAGCUUUUUCGGAUUUGCUACUGAUUACGUCAGGGAAGCUAUCCUGCACAUUGUUCAUAUCACAGCGAGGAUCUCCAGUGUUGCGGAUUUGGCUGGACGAGCCCUGUGGGUUCUGUCACAGCCAUGGGAACAGGUUCCUGAUUGUGACCCCUUAUCUUCACCUAUUAGAUGUUGGGCCUUAAUUGGUCAGACUUUAAGCGACCCUGUCUGCUCAGGUAGGGGUGACAAUGUGGUUUCCCGUUGACAGAGUCUACUUGGUAAACCGAUCAAUAAGUGUGCGAACGUGCAGCAGUCUGCCUCUCAUAGGGCAUCCAGUGAGUCUCCUUGCAACUUUUUUUGGGCCAGGCGGUUUCAUCCUGAGUCUAUUAGACAAAUGGAGAGAUUUAAUCCAGAAAGGGCGACAGACCACAUAGGGGGCAGACUUUUUCUAUAUCGAAAGGACUGGGUACGGUCAGUCUGGGAGCCAUGGGUGCUUGAUAUUAUCCAUCAGGGCUACAAAUUCUGAUUUAAGCCCCGUCUUCCUUUGGAUCAUUUCGUUCAAUCAAGGGUUCUGGAGGAUUCCUUCAGAAAGGUGGCACUCCUUCGUUGUGUGGAAAACCUUGAUAUGGGAACUAUAGUCUCUGUUCCGAAAUCUGAGAACGGAAGCGGUUUUUACUCUAUCCUUUAUUUAGUUCCAGAGGAGGAUGGAGGGUUCCGUCCUAUUUUGGACUUGAUGGACCUAACCAGAUCAGUUCAAGUUUCGAUCUUUAAUACUGAAUCAUUGAAGUCUUUUUUUUCGUUGAAGUCUUUUUUUUUUUUCUCCUAACGGAGGAGGGUCAAUCUAUGGCUACAAUUAUCUUAGAGAAUGCUUUCCUUCACAUCCCAAUGCAUAGGGAUUAUUUUCGUUUCUUGCACUUUGCCUUUCUAAAUCGGCAUUACCAGUUUUUUUUAAAUCUGCCAGUAGGAUUAGUUACGGUUCCUCAAGUCCUUACUAAGGUGCUGGGAGCCCUUUUGGCUGGGGUUUGCCUAGAGGGGAUUGCAGUGGCUUCUUAACUGGUGGACAUUUUGGUUCCGGCUCAGUUUUUGUGGGUGGCUCAAGACCACACUCAGAGAAUUCUGUCGUACCUUUCGGGCACAUGGUAGGAAGAUCUAACUGGAGAGGAGUUCCCUCGUUCCAUCUACAAGGGUUUGCUUUCGGGGAACAAUUGUAGACUCUGUCAGCAUGAGUCUCUAUCUCUCUGAUCAACACAGAGAUUUGCUUUAGGAGGCAUGUUAUCGGCUUCUUUAUAAUGUGUAUUCUUAUAGAGGUGGUAGAUUGUAUGGCUGCGUCUGAUGUGGUACCAUUUGCUAGAUGUCUCCUUCAGCUGUGCAUGCUUCAACAGUGGAA